AUGUUUUUCUUUUCGUUUCUUCCUUUUCCUCAAAAUUAUUCCUUUUUUCCUCCUAAUUUCAUUCUCUUCCUGAUCUCCUCAAAUUUUCACUUAAGUUCUUUUAAUUUGCACUCUUUCUUCCUGCCGAUAUUAUCCUCUUUUUUAUUUCGUUCCUUUCUUUUCCUUAAUAUUAUUUCUUUUUAUUUUGUUCACUUUCUUCUUUCUUACAAAUUCCCAUGUGUUACUUUAGUUUCUUCUCUUUCCUCCUACAAAUUUUCUUCUCUUUUUCUCCUACAAAUGUUAACGUUUUAUGUUUUCGUUUCUUCCUUUUCCUCAAAAUUAUUCCUUUUAAAUUUCAUUCUCUUACUGAUCUCCUCAAAUUUCACCUUUUUAAGUUCUUUUAAUUUGCAAUUUAUUUCUUCCUUCUUCUUUCUUGUAUUAUCCUCUUUUUAUUUCGUUCCUUUCUUUUCCUUAAUAUUAUUUCUUUUUAUUUUGUUCACUUUCUUCUUUCUUACAAAUUCCCAUGUGUUACUUUUCCUUAAUUUCUUCUUUUCCUCCUACAAAUUUCUUUUUAUUUGCACUCUUUCUUCCUGCCGAUAUUAUCCUCUUUUUUUCGUUUUUCUUUUCCUUAAUAUUAUUUCUUUUUAUUUUCUUUUCUUCUUUCUUAAAAUUCCCAUGUGUUAUUAUUUCUUUUUUUCCUCCUUUUGUUUUUUUUCUUUCUUCCUUUUCUCAAAAUUAUUCCUUUUAAAUUCCUCUUAUGUGUUUUCACUUUAUUCUUUUAAUUUGCACUCUUUCUUCCUGCCGAUAUUAUCCUCUUUUUUAUUUCGUUCCUUUCUUUUCCUUAAUAUUAUUUCUUUUUUAUUUUGUUCACUUUCUUCUUUCUUACAAAUUCCCAUGUGUUACUUUAGUUUCUUCUCUUUCCUCCUACAAAUUUCUUUUAAUUUGCACUCUUUCUUCCUGCCGAUAUUAUCCUCUUUUUAUUUCGUUCCUUUCUUUUCCUUAAUAUUAUUUCUUUUUAUUUUGUUCACUUUCUUCUUUCUUACAAAUUCCCAUGUGUUACUUUAG